GUUUCGAGGUCAAGAUUGAAUGAUAUGCAAGUUGGGAUCAAGGUCACUAACUACCAGCGAUGAUAUUGUAUCUUGCAGGUCCUCGAGUAUAAAAACCGCAUAGGGAGCAUAUUCUUGUAAUUCGCAGCUUUCUUCACCUGAUAGUCCUCUUCAAUCCACCCUUAAACUUUAGGUCAAUGGUCCGCCCCAGCACACUCCUCGUUCAAAGUAUUCUCGCUGCCGUCGUCCUGGCGUCUGGUUUUCAUCCUCAGGGACAGCUCGAAGCGAGGGCUGCGCUUUCAAAUUCUACUGCUCCUUCUCAAUGCAAAGUCGCUUGCGACAAAGUGACGGGAAGUCUUCAGGCCUGUGCGGCAGGUGAUCCUAAAUGCAAUUGCGAAGAUCUUACCGGAGACACACUUGCGACAUGCCUCGACUGUGUCAAAGCUCACAAUCCGGAUGCUACAGUUAACAAUCCUGAAAAUAUGAAUAUGACGGAUGUUUACCCUUCGGUGUGUCAGGCUCAUGUUCUAAGAAAGGGAGGCGGGGUACAUGUUGGUGGCAGCAGUGGAGCUUUGUCCGUUCGCCCGAGCGUACUCGGUGUGGUCGGGCUCGCUGUUGCGGCGUGGUUGGCUUGA